GACUUACUCAUAACGCCGUCCUGACAUUACCUGCUUCUAGGUAAGACAUCAAGCUUACAGACGUGUGUGUGUGAUUUUAUUCAGUAUAUAAUAUUCAGUAUAGUACACAAUGUUUCAGGAGAAACAGAAAUAUACAGCAGAUGUAGUAAGGUCAGUUCAGUGCGCUACAAUCUGUGUGGAUACUUCUAGGUUCUUGGGCCGUAUAUACGUGUACACUGAUAUAUAUUUUCAGCGGUCGUGAUAUUAGACGUGAAGACUGAAAUCUGAUAUUUAUCAACAGCUCGACCGUGAAACUAUUAGUGUUGAGUAAUGUAUUAUAUCACAACGUCUCAUCGAUGACCGUAAUAACAAUGAAGUGGAGCAAAUUAUUACUUACACACACACACACUUUAAGUCAGAUGUACAGCUGGAUCCAUGAUUUAUGUCUGUAUGGGGUCUGUAUGUAUUAGAACAGUGAAGUGCCUGAUGCGCUUGUGGCUUAUUUUGAAUUACUUAAAAGGUUCUUAUCCAUGAUGUUCGGAUGAUUUUUUUUUUUUAACUUUAUUAAAUGCUGCUGGUUUUCUGCCCAGUUUUACUCCAGAUCCUGAGAGAGAGAGAGAGAGAGAGAGAGAGAGAGAGAGAGAGAGAGAUGCUCACCAUGCUGGGUCACGGUCGUGUCGGUCACAUGAUGUUGCUCCUCUGCGCUUUUUCUUUGUGGGCUGAAACUGUGAUGUGUGGCUCCAGCUUCCUCAGUCCAACCCAAAAACCACAGAAUCGUGGAGACCGAAAGCCACCUCGGGUGGGACGGAGGACUGCAGCUGAACUCGAGGCUCCUCUUCCUUCCGAGGAGAAGAUCAUGGUGAGCGCACCGUUCCAGCUGGCCGUGUCUCUCAGUGACACAGAAUACGAGGAUUAUGGUCCUGUGCUACAGAGGAUGUUACUGGAUGUCCUGGGUGAUCCGCCUACUUUGGAUGGAGCCAACUAACAGCAGGGAUCCUGAUUCAUAACACUCUCUUUCAAAUUACACAUUAUUAAAACAACAGAUCGUGAGGAAAAUGAGAAUAAAGUGACGAUAUGGCGAUCUCGUCAGUGUUCAGAGUUUCUUUCUGUUUACACCACGUUUACGUGUACACAAAACUAAAGGAUUUUC